AUAUUCCCACGCUUACGACCAAUCACAGCAGGGUUCAGUCAGAACAUAGAUGAUACUGACGUCACGAAUACAAGGCGAGAAAAGUAAGUGCGUAUUUUUAUCCUCUUAUCGUGUUUUUUUGGUAUAUAUUUGACAAAAGAGUAAUUUAAGAUCACAAUAACUUUUGAGAAUGUAUGUAUCGCGUGCUUUGUUGGGUUUUCUUUGCAAACGGCGAAGUUAGUGGAAUGGAACUCCAUCGUGUUGAUCGAUUCCUCAAAGAUUCUUCGCACUUGAAAAUAUCUUCAGCCCUACCUGCCGUUUUAUUAUAUCUUCCUAUUAUAACAUGUAACGUUCGUCUGGACAUUAAUGGAGAAGUGACUCACAUUUUCAAUUUCAUUUUGUACACUGACGGUGCAAACGACUCGAAUAGUAAUGUCAGGAUUUAGUAGGCCUACUAGUGGCAGCACUCGAGUGGAACCAAGCAGGACAAGUGUAACAAUGUUGAAAAGGAUGCCCAAAGGGACAAAAGAAACCCAUUUUUGUCAGUGGUCAAUGGAGAAAAUUCUAAGAAAGGACCUAGUUAAUGUAAAUAGUUAUUGUCCCUCAAACAGGUAUAUCUUGUUGCACCAGUCGAAUGAUUGCCUUAUUCAGCUUAAUAGAGAUCCAACCAUGAUAUUGAACAUCACUAACAAAUUCCAUCUGGGAAGCCCAAGAGUGGCCAGGGGUGCCAUUUUUUGGUUUCACAAUGAGGAUACAAAGGAGAAGAGGACAAUGCCUUGAUCAGCAUGCAUUCAUCAUGUAGAGAUAUCUCCCUAGAGGAGAUAGUCGAGUUAAACCUUGCUGGGUUUCAAUUUUCUAGUGAUUUUACCAGCAGUGCCAUCUGCCUCAAGAUUACUGGGCCAUUGCGAACUUAGAUUGUUUGAAUCAGGACAAGGCCUGUGAUGUGUAUAUGUGCACCGUGUAGAAUAUUUAUAAUAUAGCAGUGUACCGAUGUGUACAUUCAACUAUUCAUGUCUCAUUCUUUUUUUUAUAAUGUAUUGUUACAUUUACUUACAAAACUUCUAUUCAACUUCUUUAUUAAAGUAUGUUACAACUAGAUCUCUUUGUGUUAACCAACACUGAAAUGGGUUAAAGUUUAUGUAAUCAAAUGUGCAUGGCUUGAAUUUAUCUUUUUGUUUUAAGAGAGUUAAUCCACACUGGUGGUGUAUUGUCAUACCAAAUGGUAGAAUUAAGUGCAAGUGAUUUGCACAUGACAUUGACAUUCAUCUGAUCAGCCCUAGUGCCUUGCAUCUGCAUAUCUGAUGUGGUAAAAAUAAUUAAUUAUUCGCAAAAAUGUUCUGUAAUCUUCUUAUGCAUAAUACAAUAAACCAAAAACACAAUAAACCAAAAAAAUAUACAUAUUUGUUUUGUGAUACUGUUGAUCUCUUGUCAUUAAUACAAAAACUUUUUUCUAAGCUUUUUAGCAAGAACAAUAGAAUUAUUCUUAACAUUUCCCCCAAUUUACUUUUCGCUUCAAGUUUUGCAGGCCAUGAACAACUUAUACUCUUCAUUGGUAUAUAAUUUGAAUAAAGAGUCUAGGAUAAUCCCAACUUCCCAG